UUCCUUUGGAGCCCCUCUUGACCAAUUCUACUUACUUGAAAUAUUGGCCAGUGGAAAUCUAUUGCAAAGAAAAAGAGAAGUCUCCAGUUUGGGGAAGAUGCUCAGGAGGAACAAUUUCUCCUGGUGUAAAAGAAUUUGGGCAGGUAUAUAAAUAGGAAUUUCUGAUAUACUGGGAAGUAUCUGUCCUGAACUUAAGAAGAAGAAUGGGGAGUACUUGGAAAAUCCUGCUGCUACUGGACCUGGCUACAGCAGUCAUAGCUAGACCUAGAAAAACGUUGACCUUCAAGGAUGCUUCAGUUUUGGCUGCACGCAAGUUUAAUCAGAACUUAAAUGAAGGAUCAAAAUAUCGUGUUGUGGAGUCCAGUGUCUCCACUCCAGACUUACCUAUCGUGUUGUCAUUAAAAUUCAUAAUAAGGGAAACAGAGUGUCUUUUCUCAGAGCAGCGGGAUGCAGAAACCUGUGCCUUCAGAGAUAAUGGAUUGGAAAAGGAAUGUACGGCAAAUUUUGCCAGCCUAUCUCGUUUUGGACUCCAUUCUGUGGAAUGCAAUGACAUUGGCAGUAACAAUAAUCAGGAUCGUUCUAAAAGAUCUACAUCUGAUGGAAUCAUAGAUACCAGGUCUCUUCCACCCAGGAUUAGACACAUAUAUGAGCAGGCCAAAUAUGACAUCAUAAGGAGAAUCCUGAGUAACUUUUGAGGAAAAGAAUUAGAAUGGAGUCAGUGAAAUGGAGAAACUUUAGUCACUAUAAAAGCUAUACCUUUAUUCCUCUCCUCCACUUUGACUGGAAAAUCCUCCUUCCUUGCUUUGACUGGAAAAUUUAAAAAAAAAAUUGUAAUUAAAACUCUUUACAGUUGUCAAUUUUUA